AGCCUCACUGCUUCUUCUUCUUCUUCUUCCCCAUCUCUCCCUCUCUCUCUCUCUCCCCAUCAGCAAUGGCUUCAAACACAGCAGCACCAGCAGACCAUCAAGAACCACUCAAACACAAGAUGUGGGUCUUGAAAGUUUCUAUUCACUGUGAAGGCUGCAAACAGAAAGUCAAGAAAAUUCUUCAGCAAGUCCCAGGUGUGUCUGGUAUAGAUAUUGACAUAAGACAGCAAAGGGUUGUGGUAACCGGCGACGUUCAUGCCGAUACUCUGAUAAAAAAGCUGGUUAAGUCCGGUAAAAAUGCGGAGCUAUGGCCGCAGAUGGUUGCGCCGAGGGAGGGGAUUCCGGCCGCCGUCGCCGUUAAGAAAGCCAAAGAAAUGAAACCCGAAAGUAAACAAGAGGAUAGUUGUACGUCCGGCCACGGCAAACCACCGGGGAAAGUAGCAGUGGUGAUUCAAGAGCCUCCGGCUAAGAAAACUGAAGGUGGUAGUGAGGAAACCGCUAGUGGCGGCGGUGUGGCUAAAGACGAAGGAAACAGUGUCGCCGGCGCCGGCGAGUCUAAGGGAAAGAGUGUUGAAAAUUUACAAGGAGCAAAAGAGUUAAAAUCGGAGGGGAAGAAACCUGAAACAGGAGAGAAUAGUUCUCAAACACCUGCCACGCCGGAGAAAAAGGACGGCGAAGCCGGCGGUAACGUCGCCGGUGAAGACAAUGGCAGUACCGGUAAAAUAAAGAAAAAGAAAGGGCAAAAUGGGAAUUUCAAUUCCGACGAGAAAGUCUCAUCAAGUGCUGGUGGACCAGCAGGUACGGGAUCACACCAUCAUGAACCGGCCCCACACGCGGCUUCUACUUCCACCAAUCACAUCCCUCCACAUCAUCAUCCAUAUGGCCCACAAUACUACGGGCCCACACCCGUAUACGCCGUGAGCUACAAUACGGCCUACCCAACAAGUAGCAGUACAACGUCGUACUACGCAACACCGCCCUCGAAUUCGUAUGCUUAUACGUAUCCCGGGCCCACCAUGCAACCGCCACCGUCCGAUUUGGUGCAUCCACAACAGCCGUCGGAUUCAUUUGAACUAUUCAGUGAUGAGAACCCUAAUGGGUGCUCAAUUAUGUAAUAAUUUUAUUUGUAUCCUUUUGAAGGGUUGCUUCGCUUAUACCACUCGUAUAAGGUUGUGAGGGCUAAUUUUGGAAAUUGUAUAGAUGUAUGAAAGUGAGAUUAGGGAUCAGAAUUAGAAGGAAACCCCAUGGAAAAGCAAACAACCAAGCAAAAUGUCGAAUUUAACCCCUCAUGUUCUGAGAAUCAUGUCCACGGAAGUGAACACGUGUCAAGUCUUAAUUGGAUGAGAUGUUUGGUGUUCAAUCAGUUCAAAAGAGAGGUUUUGGGGUUUUCUUUAUAAUAGUUGCUUUUGUACAAUGUAGCCUUAGUUGGUAAGUUUAGUAGUCAUUUUGGCUUCUUUUGCUGUAAAAGUUGUUAGCCUUAGUUGGUAAUGCAUAGUUCUAUCUCUC